AUGAUGAACCAGGCGGCUGAAGGCUUGGAGGUUGUCCAUCCAGGUUUCAGAGAAAACAUCAAGACCCACUCUGAACCUCAGGCAGCAAAGGGACAGCAACUAGGUUCUGGUGGUGUUGGUAUUGUUGCUAUGAGUUUGAAGGAACUUAUUGGAGUUUAUGCACAAGAUAAUGAUUUGCUGUUUAUGCCUAUAGUGGGAAGAAUGAAAGAUGGCCAUCAAGUGUUUAGGUUUGGGAACAUUAGUGUAAUCAUAGACUCUCUCAACCAAAAGCUGUUUGCUCAAACUGAACACAGAUGGUCUCUUGUAACCCUUGAGCAACUGGUGAACCUGGACAAGGGUUGGGUUCUGAGAAGAGGCUGA